GCUUUAUUCUUUAAUGGAAAAAUCGUAAAGCGAAUUCAAUAAAUUUUUGUAUCAAAAUAACUUCUAUGUAUUCGUAUACAUAGAUCAAAAGAAACUGAUAAUAUAUCGAAAGGUCAUUAAAAUAAAUCCGUUGUGCCGCGGCAGAGCCAAAGAGGGAACGGCAAGAAUUUUAAAAUCCUCCCUAAGCGAGCUUUUAACAUUUCUCUUUCUGCAGUCAAUAUAUUAAAAAAGUGUUUUAAUACAAGACAAAGUUUAUAUUCAUGGUCGAUGUUAAUCUUACUAAAAAUCCAUGAAAACAUGUUUUUAAAGCAAAAAAAUUGAAAGAGAAGGUUUUGAGUCAUAACACCCUCCAUUUUUCUAAAAAUUGAUAUUUCGAUUGAAAAUUGUUAUUUCUAACAGAGUUCUCAGUUAGAGCUGACAUAAUUGUAUUUCGUCCAAAUUUAUAAUGCAACAUAUUUAUUUGUGUGUAUUCUCUCUGUUUUAUUUUAGCGUUGCAGAUUCUACUUUGUUAAUUUAUGACCUAUUACUGGAAAAUUCGUCGAGCACGUCUUAACAGUAGAACGUUUUUAACUCUUUUCACCUGUUUUUUUAUUAUACUUCUGCUUUACGUGACAACAACUUCAGACAUUGAUCCAUGUAUAUAUUAUCCAUCUCAAAUAUAUCAUAAAAAAUAUUACCAAUCAAGAUCGAGUGUUCUUAACACAAAUGCAACGUUUAUAUCUGACUGGGUUCAAAAAUUCAAUUUGAUAGAACUAUUUGAUUGGACGUGGUAUAGAAAUGGAGAUUAUGAGAAAUAUUUAGAAAUAAAAAAUAGUAAUGAAAAUAAAGAUGAUGAUGAUGAUCAACAGCCUAUUGUUGUUAAUAAUGUUAAACAGUAUUUGAGUUCUUAUCCAAAACAAGGUUUUAUUGUUGAAGAUUUUGUUCAAUUACAAAAUCCAUUAUUACACCCAAUGCCAUUAUCUAGAAAUUUUUCAUCCACAUGUCAAGAAUUAAAUAUAGUCAAUACUUGGCAUUCAUGCCUGUUUAACUCAACAGAAUUAUCUCAUCGAUUACCAGGCACUACUCAUGUCGUCACUAUUGCUAUCUUCAAUGCAUUUAUUGAUAAUGGUUUAUGUCAUAAAGAUGUGGUUGGAACGGUGUAUACUAAAUUAGCAACAUAUCGUUUUCAACGCUAUUCAACUAAAACCUGUCAUAAUUCCUUAAUAAUACCUCAUCCAAACUUGAAGGUUGAAUACCAUGAUGAAUUAUUGAACUCAUUGGGUAUGUACUUAAAUGCACCGGGCCAUUUUGCUCCGCAACAAUUACCACACUUACUUCGCCUAUUAGCAUUAACAUCAAACAAGAUUAAAUUAUUAGUAGCCAAAGGUGGAAUUGCCGAUCAAUUUAUCGAUAUUUUAAUUGAACGCCAAAUUAUUAAACGUGAACAUAUUGUUCAGUAUGAUCCAACUAACAUCUACUAUGCAAAAGUAGUUUAUCAAACAGAUUCAUGGCCUUAUCUUCCAUGUUAUUUAUAUGAAAAAUAUCUUCACGAUAGAACAGAUAUGAUACUUACACAUCGAGUCAUUGUUGAACGAGAGUUACCCGAUGAACAACGGAAUUUAAUUGUCGUUAUUAAACGAACAAAACGAGCAAGACGUGUUAAUAAUCACGAUAAAAUAAUUGAUUUAAUUGAAAAGUUAUUAGAAGAACACUCACAACCUCAAUUUAAAAUCUCAAUAUUUACUGCUGAAGGCCAUCUGAAAGAGCAUAUCGAAUUAUUUAAACGUGCUCGUCUCGUUAUUGCUCCACAUGGUGCUGGUCUCUUUAAUGUGAUGUGGUGCAAACCAGAUGGAACAGAUAUCGUUGAAAUAGGAUAUUCAAGUGGAAUGAAAUUACCAGAAAUGUAUUUUGAGAUCGCCUCACAUUUAAAUCUGACUUAUUGGUUAGUGAAAGGAACUGGAAAUUAUGCGGGACCAAUUAACGUUGAUCUCGACGACUUGGAAUGGGCACUAAAGAGAAUAUUUAAAAAAUUUAAGAAUGUUUAG